AUUAAAAUCAGACGCCAUUUUGUUGUUGCUGCUGGAAAAUCAUUUUAAUGAUGGAUAUAAAAGAUUCAAUUAAACAAUUAUUUAAAUUGCCCGAAGAAGUUAAAAAGUUUGAAGAAUUGCAAGAUUCGCUUAAUAAUAACAUCGAACAUCACGAAAAGAUCUUAGAAAAUAUUGAGAAGAAAGUUAUUUGGGCUCAGCGUGAUGUAGAUAAAUAUUAUCGUGAAAUUGCCAAUAUAAGCAGACGAAUUAGUUCUAUUGAAGAUGACGUUUCCACUGAAGAACAUAAAAAUAAUACACUUAAAAAUGAAAAUUUAAAAUUACCGAUGAAAAAAUAGAAAAUUAUAAACGUAAAGUAGAAGAAAUGGAAAGAAAUCAUAAGUUAUUUGUCGAAGUAAAAGAAUAUAGAAACAGGAUAGCCCAGCUAAAAAAGCAAAAAUUUGAUUGCGAAAAUUUCAAACAGUUGAAAUGUAAUGGUAUAAUUGAUGAAAAAAUUAAGAUUCUAAAAUACGAUAUCGCUAAAUUAAACGAACAGAAAGAAUUUAUUCAAAAAGAAAUUGCAUAUAAAGAAAAGCAGAUAGCAGAAAAUAAGACUAAGAAACAGUUACUCCAAAACGAAAUUUCAGUUCUAUAUAAACGUAAUUCAGCCCAGCUUCUUAGACUGAAACGUAGAUUCGAAGAGAUGGAAACAAAAAAUAAACAGUUGAAAAUAAUGAAUUCGUUUGAAAAUUAUUCUGGGAAUAUGUUGUUGGGAAUGCCAAGUACGUAUCAGAAUACGCUAGAGCUCAAACCGACAACGUAUAAGCAUUAUUGCCGCAAACUGUAUUAUUUGGUGGAACGACAACGCGAGUUGUGUGGUUUAAGCUACAACAUUUUGCAAACGGUCAGUCGAGGAGCAAAACUGGGAAUCGACGAAUGCCAACAUCAAUUUUACAUGAAUCGUUGGAACUGUACGACGUACAACAACACUCCAAGCGUCUUCGGUGGAAUUUUGGACGUCAGAAGUCGAGAGAAAGCAUACGUUUAUGCCAUAUCUGCUGCCGGUGUGGCCUACAGCAUCACCCGAGCCUGCAGCAAAGGAGAGAUGGCAGAGUGUGGAUGCGACGAAAACAUCAGGACGAGGGACACAGCAGGACGUUGGAAAUGGGGUGGAUGCUCGGAGGAUAUCAAAUUUGGAGCCAAGUUUAGUAAAGAUUUUGUAGAUUCGGGUGAAAACGUUAAGAAAUCCGAUGGUCUGAUGAAUAUACACAAUAACGAAGCCGGACGAAGGACUCUACGCAUCAGCAUGGAGUUAGUAUGCAAAUGUCACGGAGUGUCCGGAUCCUGCACCGUCCGGGUCUGUUGGAGACGUCUUCAGCCUUUUCGCACCAUAGGCAACGCGUUGACUAGUAAAUUCGAUGGAGCAACAUACGUCCGAGCCGUUCAGAGAAAACACAAAGCCACCCUUCGUCCUCUGAAACGUAAUAUUAAGAGACCUAGCAAAAGGGAUCUAGUUUAUCUGGAAGAAUCUCCAGACUAUUGCCACAGGAACGAAACAUUGGGAGUUCUGGGCACUCAAGGACGCCUGUGCAACCACACCAGCUACGGUAUGGACGGUUGCAGGUUGUUAUGCUGCGGUCGUGGUUAUCAGACAGUGGUGCGUGAAGUGGAGGAGAAAUGUCACUGUAAGUUUGUAUGGUGUUGUAAAGUUCAGUGCGAGAUGUGUCGCUAUCAACGAGAAGAACACUACUGCAACUGAACAUCUCUUUCUAUUAUCAUUUUACUGUCUCGAUGUCAACCUCACUUCCAAGGUCUAGAUAUAGUGAGUACCCAUUUGGACACAAUGAAUUCAUCUUUUACAUUCCUUGAGGUAGUGUGUGUUGAGGGGAAGCCCGUCCCCAUGUCGCAUUGACAUCAAUUCAGUUUGUAAUUAUUAUAUAAAGAAAAAAAGUUUGUACCGUAUGUGGAUUGUAAACAUUGUAAAUAGUUUGGUUAACGUCAGUUUGUUUUAUAUAGAGGAAAAAAAAAAGAUUUUUAUGAAUCGUGCGUGUGUCGUGACGUGUUACUCUGUCUAAGUGUUCGUGUCGGCGCCAUCAUCUUUUUGGUUAUACUUUUCUGUGAUUUUUUAAACGUUAUAAACGUACAACGUUAGUAGAAACGUUCAGUGAUAUUUAGAAAUAAAGUAUAUUA